CAUACCAUGCAGUACAUCAAACGACCUUCGAACCAGGAACUGCUAGCCCAUGACGGGGUUCCAAUGCAGCGGCAAACCUCAGAGGCCAGAGAGGAGGACACCUACGUAAAGAAACCUUUUCGUGUGAAAUCACCAGCAACUUCACCUCCAAUACUCGAUCCACCUGAUUUAAAUUCUGAAUCUUCUUUUCCAACAAUGGAAUAUAAUGACGUCAAAGUGGACAUAAACACUUCUCCAUACCAUUCGAGUCAAAAUAUUCACCCUGGGUAUGAAGAGCCAAAGUAUGUCCAUUUUCAAAGAAAACCUGACGAUCCUGGAAAUCUAGGAAACUUGGACUUAGGGGGUGUAAUAAAACAAUUGGUACCAGAAAAUAAGGAAAAGAAUUCGGAUUCUGGAACUGUUAUCAACAUUGGACACAUAACAAUUCACAACAACCCAGCUGAUCCCACGUAUUACGACAGCUUGCAACGGCGUCCUCCUGAACCAUGUCUUCCUAACCAUUACGACUACCCUGGGCCGCAAAGAGGUUAUCAUGGCAAUCAAGGAACUGCAACAACACCGGAGGAAGAGAUCUACAUUAGACUACCGGACAAAACAGCAGUGGAACAUUCUCAGUCAUCUGUGAAUCACGACCAUCAUAAGAUUGACCCCUACAGAGAGACAAAAAACUUCUUGCCGAAUUCAAGAUCACCGUCUUGUAGAACACAGGACACACAGACGGAACAAACUGAAGCAGAAAACAGCAUAUCACAAGUCAUGGAAGACGGUCCUGCUCAGAUAACAAUCCAACAUCGAAAUUCUGGUGGACCACCGAACGCGUUUGAUGUUCAGCUGACCUUGAAGGAUUCAAAACAGCGCUGGAUUGGUGAGUUAAAGCCCUCCCCAACUUUAGAAUCGAACCCAGUGCCACUGUCUUCGUUAGACUUGUCAGAGAACACAUAUGACAGCCACACCAAAUCACCUGACAGACAUUAUCCUAAAUUAUCACAAGUAAUGGGCCCGGUAAGAACUUCGCUGCCGACAGAACGAUCGCUAGAAACUGUCAAUACAGACUUGGAAAUGACUGAUCUUAAUGAUGAUGGAAUGACGACUCUAUCUGAUGAACACACCGUUUUGAAGUUGCCCAAAUCAUCAGAAGGUGAAGCUCGCGGAUAUAUCAGACAACCAGCGCCACCAGUGGAAAACCCAGUCUACAUGCAGGGAUCUGUUUGCAGAGCGCCACGUAUGAAUGGCAAGGAAGGAAGCAGUAUCAGAACGAACGAGUAUCAAGGAAGCCUGAAUUUGAAUAAAGGAUGGUCAAUGUCAACACCAGACAUGAGACACGUUGUCCCGACACCGACAAGAUCCUCGUGGGGGAGUCCCAUUCACCAGUGUGAAGUGGAUGGUUUCUUCUCUGUGCACGACGAAAGGGCGAUAGAGGAAGCUAAGGCGAUGUUAGAAAACAGUGGGGAGGAUGGAAACUGGCUGGUGACGUCAGCGGUGAGACAGCCAAUGCAGUCUUACUAUCUACAUUUCCGACUCUUGGGCAAGACCAAUUCAUUUCCUAUAAACAGGGUAAAAGGAAAGAGGAUCGCCAUCGAUACGUCGAGUAGCACGUCAUUUUCGUGUCUUUGUAAGCUGAUCAAGCAUUACACGCAAAAGAAGAACCUGCCUGGCCUAGACAAGAAGUUGGGAAAUGCUUUCAUAAUGUCUACAACGUCCAGCACUCGCCUCUAAAAAUUGUCCAACAAGACAAUGUGUGAGAAUACGUAAAUAUGUUUCUUAUUAAUGAAACUCUUCUUCGUCUGGAUGGUAGAAACGGAAUACAGAGAUGAGUCGAUUUGUCGACAAAUUGACUUAUCUGGCUUCCUUCCAAACAAACCAAAGAACAUACAAAACAACGUUUCGAAUUUCCCGUAACCAUUACCUACGGAACCAAUCAGAUUAUGGGAUUUUCUUCAUAAAUAACCUAUAAAUACGAGACAAUUUGUGUGCCAGUGCCCCAUGGGAUCGAUCGGAGCUGAUGUCAUGACGUUGCGUCUGUCGUCCAUCCGUCCUUCUGUAAAAAAAAAAUUAUAUUUCCAUCUUCUUAAAAUUGCUGAACCCCCGAAAGAAAGUUUGCUUGAACCUUUCACGACCAUAGAUGCACCCAAAACUGUGAAUUAGAAGGUUCAAAGGGAAUUUGAGGGGCAGUACCAAAGAGUUACAUAUUGAGACCCAGACUUACUGGAAACUAGUUCGCUGCAGUAAGUUCUUAAAGUGUUUAAUCAAAAUUAUUCAAAUGGAGAGAGUGAUAUUUCGAGGUAGAAAUUGUCAGUUUACAAGUGAAAAUCUAAUCAUUGGGAUGAUAACCCCGAGAUGACAGCUUGAUAUUGUGAUAAUUUAAGAACUGGCUCACCAUAACACUGACAUAUUCAGGUGAGCAAUGCAGGCCCUCUGAGUCUCUUCGUUAAUCAUUGGACCUAUAAAUAUUUCAGAUCUAUUGUUUCAUGAUGAAAAAUGCUUAACUUGCAAUUUUCUAAAAAUGUUACUGAGCCCAUAUUAGUGUCAGUAUAAAUUUUAAAUGGAUUUUCAGCACAAAUUGCAAAGUUUCGGCCUGAUCUGUUCUUUAAAACAAUUGUUUCUAACGACUUUUAAACUUUUGUCAGCAUCAUUCUUUUCCCUUUUGAAAGUCUAGAUAAGAAAACUUGGUGGCAGUAUCCCCGGCCAAUAGAAAAUUAGAAAACCUGCUUUACCGCAUCAAGUAAGCCGGAACUGAAGUUUCACUGGAUGAAAAGGAUGGAAUGAAUUCAUAUUUAUGUACGCAGUUCACUCAAAAUUUCUGCUGGGAGCUUAUCUAGGCUUAUUUCUUGUCAGUUGUAUAAUAUAUACUACAUGGCCAAUAUGUGUUACUGGGUGUUCAUUUGUUUCUAUAACAGGCCAGUCAUUAAAUGAUAAGGCUAUCAAAGAGACAGUCAUAAAUGUCAUAAAUGUAAGAUAGUAAUAAUGAGAUAAUAUUGAACAAACAGAAUUAUUCACAUUAGAUACAGGAACAGAUAAACAUACAAAUGUAGAUAUCAGAGGUCAGAUAGACAGUUGAUAAAGCUUCAGAAAUCAUUGGAGAAUAAAACAUUUACUUCGCUUGUUAUUUUAUUAGUAUAAGUAUGAUUAUUAAGUAUGAUGUACUGUAUUAGGUAUGUCAAAUUUCCCCGGUUGCUUAAUACAUAUAUAUCACUGUUAUAUAAGUCUCAUUAUUGUGAAUCUAUAUGUUUGCUUUCAUAAGAUAUUUGUUAUGCUAAGUAUUACGAGAAAAUGAAAUCUCUUUUUCCCAAAAUGUGAUAUAUCUUUUAAAGAGGUAAUGUUGGUAAUAAACUUAAAGUUAUGCUUUUGGCUUAUCGUGUAUUAAAGCUUAUUGUUAACUCUAAUCACCCCCCCCCCCCCCCCCCCCUUCCCACCAAGUAUGAUAAUCAUAGAUCAGUUUCCAUGUUUUGAAAGUUCUAAGCUAUCGAUCCCAUGAACCAGACUUAUUCAAUAUUUUGCCACUUAAUUGUUAAUAAAUCAUAGAUUUGCCAGUAUCCAUAUUUUCAUUCGUCUAUAAAAUACUUUAUCAUAAUUCCAUUGUGUUGUCUAUAAAAUACUUUAUUAUAAUUCCAUUGUGUUGUCUAUAAAAUACUUUAUCAUAAUUCCAUUGUGUUGUCUAUAAAAUACUUUAUCAUAAUUCCAUUGUGUUGUCUAUAAAAUACUUUAUCAUAAUUCCAUUGUGUUGUCUAUAAAAUACUUUAUCAUAAUUCCAUUGUGUUGUCUAUAAAAUACUUUAUUAUUCCGUUCCUUUUUAUAUUUGUUGUGUUUCUUAACAGUACGAGUUCUUCUUUCAAAAUUCUUAAAAUGUUGAUUGAUGUCAAUCAUAUGUCCAUGUCGAUGAUAAGUUUUGUAUAUUGUACUUUAAAUGUAAACAUUAUAUUGAGUUCUUUACACUUUUUUGCCUAUUUUUGUACCCAAUAAUUAUAUGUUGCAACUUUUUAACUGUUAUUUCAUAUCCAUGGAAUACAGGUUCCAUUUUUGCCCGAACUCGAUGAAGUAGUGUAGAUUAUCUGUUAUACUACAAACAUUCCAUAUAUCGUUUUCUUGAAUUUCCAUUUACAAUUUGCCAUUUUUAUGCGAUUAUGAUAAAAAAAAGUUUCCAUCGGAAGAUUUUUUGUUUAACUGCUAACUGUUUGUGUAUAAAAUCUGUAUGAUCAUUGCAGGUUUGUAUAUAUGUUAUGAUAAAUGUUUGUCUUUUCACAAUUGUCUGCAAUGAGCUUGAUCAAAAUCACUAAUUCGUAUAAAUUUUAUUGGUCAGAUGUUUAACUGCAAUGAGUUUUUAAUUCCUUUCAUCAUACAUUUGUAUCUGCUCGGUCGUUUUCACUGUGAUAUUAAACUGAUAUGUGUGAUAACAUUGUUCAUUUCCAUUCGGAAGGCAUGUCCUUUUACAGUAGUAUUACUUCACUAAUCCAGUAUGUAUUCAUUUCUGUAGCUCACUGAUGUAGACACCAUACGCUGAAGUUGUGUACCUAGCUGUGCUUUGGUUUGGGUUCCGUCUAUUUUUUUUUUAUUUCCAAAAGGCUGGUGUAUUCAGCACUCAUGAAAUUGUGCGCCUGGACUUAUUUUUUAGUUUGUAUAUAAUUUGUAUAAUUUGAAUUUUUAUCGCAGCUAUGUCCCCUUUACGAUGUUUGGUGACUGGGGAGCCAUUCUGGCGAUAGCUCUAGUUCGAAACAUUUUGUUUUGCCCUGUAUGCUGUUCAGCCCCUUAGCAGUCCGUGAACAUAUCUUAAAAAAGCUUAAUUGCUUAUUUCAUGUAACGAAGACAACAUAUAAUUUUAACACACUUUAUUUUAUACUAUUCACAGCCGCUAUUUGCAUUUCAAGUUUUAAACAAAAUCACUGUGAAUGCUUUUAAAUUUGAGAAGGAUUCAUGCGGUAGUUCUUAAGAUACUAAAUAGUAUGUUUUUUUUAAUGAUUAAUAGAGACAUAGUUCGUCAAACAAAUGUAUCUUUUGCAUUUUAUAGGCACUUAUAAGAAUAACGACAUGGUUGUUUUUGUGCAAAAUGUUAUCCACAUGAGCUCCUGUACAGGUUCUCCUGAAACAUGCAUUUAUUUGUUAUCUCUAUUUAAGUACUGGAUGGAUCUUUCUCAAAUUUCAUAUGUAUGUUCCCCUUGGUCCCCAGCUGUGCCUUCCUGGACUCAUGAGAGAAACAAAAUGACUGACAGGCGGACAAUAAAAAAUUGAUAUAACUAUUAAGUAUCUUAAGAACUACUGGAUGAAUAUUUCUCAAAUUUAAAUCAUUAUAAAACAAAUGGUCAUAUUUCUACCAGUAUUUCAUUUAUUACUAUAAGCUUGUCCUGCCUCCUUAUCCAAGAAAUUACGCAUGAUAUCAAAUUUGAUGUAUGAUACCUUAUUUUCUGAACAAGAUAUUUAUUCUGACACAUAAUGCAAGAUAAAGAUAUCUUAUAAUUAUUUUAUAUGGUAUCUUAAAUUUUUGUACAUUAUUUACGUUAGGGUAAUAACGGUUGUAAAUCAUUAUGUAUAUAAUUAGUAUCAAGUUAUUUACCUAAAGGCAAGUGUUUGUUUUGUAUUGUUUUUUUUUUAUGUUUUUUUACUAUAAUGUAACACAAUAUCUGUUUUCAUCAGAAGUUGAAAAAUGUACACAUCAUGGCAAGUGAUAUUUGACCUUAAAGACAAAUAUGUUUUCCAUUAGGCUUUGUUUGUUUGUUUUUUAUAUACUUUGGCCUACUAUUGAUAUUUGCUCAUUUUUACUAGCUUUGCUCGUCAUGUUUACAGCUAUAAAGUAGGCUAUAUAAAACAUUUCAUCAUUUAUAAGAGCAGUUUAAUGCUGAACUAUGGAAUUGAUUUUGUGAACAAAUAUGUAUGUUUCCCCUUCUCCAUUAUUUAUAAUUAGGCAGUUCGCGCUGAAUUGACUUGUGUUCUGAAAAUGAAGGCUGUAAUUAUCCGAUUAUAGUACAUCGCUUAAGCUUCGUCCUUUUAUCUGUUCAAAACUCAUGCUUUAGAUACGAAAGGAACUUUUAGAAGAACCAGUUAUAAUAUAUUGUAGCAUUCGAUGACAUUUACCACAAUGACCAAAUGAGCAUUGACCAUCAUCUCUAGGUGAUAAAGGUGCAAUGCAGCUUUCAUUGGCAUAUCUUAAAUAGUCAGUGCAAGAAAUUAUUGGGGAAAAUGCGUUUAUUUCAUAUUUGAUAAGGUCAAGGUCGUAACGAUCCUAUGGCAGAGCACUGCACUUCGUCAGUGGGUGACUCAGGUACAGAACAACUGACCUUGCUAACCUUUAAAGGUUUGAAGUUGUUGGUGGAAAAUUAUAAUUUACUAAAAGAUACCUAACGACAGAACAAUGGAAAUCUACUGUAAGUAAUAGAAGUAUACUGUAAGUUUUGUCAAAAUAUCUUCAACAUUUUGAAAGUUAUGACCCAGACAAGAAAUUACUUAAGAAUCAGAACCAGAGUUAAUGAAAAUAAUACAAUAUCUCCAAAAAUCAUUUGUAGGUGGGACUUAAAUAUAACAUUGAGCUUUCCUUUAGUUUCAUCCACAUAUUUAUACACAGUAGAGACGUACAAGAAAAACUUCGUGCCGACAUACCAGUAAUGAACUGGAGAGGUGUGACAUUUAACUGAAGUGAAAUGGAAUUACAGCGUGACCCUUGGCUACUUCAGCUAGCUAAAGGUCUCCGGCUAAUUUUUGGUUACACGGCGCCUGUCAUAAGUGUCUCGCCGUGUUAUCCUCUAACAUUGUUGGAGUAGGCCCUUGGCCAUAUUCAAAUUGGGAGGUUAUUUUCGUUACCAUGUUACAAAGGCAGAUGACACUCGGAAAGGAUACAUUGAAUAUGCUGAGAUGUGAGGAAUGGGGUAUUAAGUAAUGAUACUAAUAACAGUCUUACAAAGAGCUUAGCAAGAUCGUGCGAUAUUGUUAAUAUGGCAGCUUGUGCGUAUUCUUUAAAGGUCAAACUUAUUCUUUAGCCUUAAAACACUCAAGUUCUAAGUGAGAAGUGCAGUAAGACAAAUAUGUUUGUUUUCUCGAAGAUACAAAUGGCGAUUUUAAAUUACAUGUAUGGCAUACUGUAAUUUCAUUAACAAAACUGGUUUUAAACGUCAUGUCCGUUAUCUCUUGAACAGUGAUCUCACGUCUGACUUUUGAAAAUGUUUUAUAAGCUCUUCAACAAAAAAUAAAUGCUUUUAAUUA